UGUCACGCACGAGAGCAGCCUUAGAGCUGAAGCUGGAUCAUUAACACGCUUGUGUUUAACUGUAAAUAAACAUUAAGACGUAUUUUUGUGUGAUAGACGACACGAUGUUACCCUUUAGGUGCUCCCCUGUCCUGAAGGUGUUGUGUGAGCUGAGCUUUAAGCGUCCUUUAGUCCAUAGGUGGAGAUAUAGCACACAGGCUUUCAUGACUAAUGUAGGUAAAAUAAAGCCUGUAUCCGCUUCCUCACACACUUCAGCAUGGAGGAGGACACUGUGCACUAAGACUGAACAGGAGACACAGGACAACACACUGAUCAACAAAGAUGGAACGCUGCAGGAAGCUGCGGACAAGAGAAGGAAGGCAGGAAUCAUGCCAAGUCUGGAGGAUCUGCUCUUCUACACCAUUGCUGAGGGGCAGGAGAAGAUUCCAGCCCACAAGUUUAUAACGGCGCUGAAGGCCACAGGUCUGAGAACAGGAGACCCUCGGCUGAAGGAGUGUAUGGAGAUGCUAAAGUUGACCCUGAAGUCCACGUCAGACGGAGUGAUGCUGGACCGCCACCUCUUUAAAAAAUGUGUCCAGAGUAACAUCGUGCUCCUGACCCAAGCUUUCCGUAAGAAGUUUGUCAUCCCUGAUUUCAUGCCUUUCACCUCCCACAUAGACGAGCUUUAUGAGACUGCUAGAAACCUGUCUGGAGGUCAGGUGGCUGACUACAUUCCUCAACUGGCUAAGUUUAGCCCUGACCUGUGGGGCGUGGCUGUGUGCACGGUGGACGGACAGAGACACACUGUGGGGGACACCAAGGUGCCGUUCUGUCUGCAGUCGUGUGUGAAACCUCUGAAGUACGCCAUUGCUGUGCACGACCACGGCACGGAGUACGUGCACCACUUUAUCGGCAAAGAGCCCAGUGGCUUACGCUUCAACAAACUCUUUCUGAACGACGAGGAUAAACCCCACAACCCCAUGGUGAACGCCGGGGCGAUCGUCUGCACCUCUCUGAUUAAGCAAAAGGCGAGCAACGCGGAGAAGUUCGACUAUGUGAUGAACUUCCUUAAAAAGAUGGCGGGAAACGAGUAUGUGGGUUUCAGCAACGCCACAUUCCAGUCUGAGCGCGAAUCAGGUGAUCGGAAUUUCGCCAUCGGCUAUUACCUGAAGGAGAAGAAGUGUUUUCCUGAAGGUACAGAUAUGAUCUCCAUCCUGGACUUCUAUUUCCAGCUGUGCUCUAUCGAGGUGAACUGCGAGAGCGCCAGUGUCAUGGCUGCCACCCUGGCCAACGGCGGCUUCUGUCCAAUCACAGGCGAGCGCGUGCUGAGCCCCGAGGCCGUGAGGAACACGCUGAGCCUCAUGCACUCCUGUGGCAUGUACGACUUCUCGGGACAGUUCGCCUUCCACGUGGGUUUGCCAGCUAAGUCGGGCGUGGCGGGUGGCAUCCUUCUGGUGGUUCCCAAUGUGAUGGGGAUCAUGUGCUGGUCUCCUCCACUAGACAAACUAGGCAACAGUGUUCGAGGCAUCCAGUUCUGCACAGAUCUGGUGUCUCUGUGCAACUUCCACAACUAUGACAACCUGCGGCAUUUUGCGAAGAAGCUAGACCCGCGCCGUGAGGGCGGUGAGCAGCGGGUGAGUGCGUUCUUUCGUUUGCCUGCUCACCUUUCUGCGUCUGCAUGCCCCAUCAACGUGCUACACAGCAUCCUCAACACAGCUUUGGGCCGAUGGAUUACGAGAGUCUUCAGCAAGAGUUGGCUCUCAAAGAUUCACUGUGGAAAAAAGUCUCGGCCACAGAGUCCAGUGAAGACACUUCCACCACCGUGAUCUAUAGGAUGGAUCAAAUCAAAGAGCACAACUAAACACACCUGGAAUAAAGGGCUGUACAGGGGGAUGCGCUGUAUUUAUUUUAUUUUAUUUUAUUUUAUUUUAUGGUGUCGUGGCUUGGCACAUUGCAGCUUUUGGUGUUUUUGUGUCUUUGUUUGUUUGUUUUUUUCCCGUUGUCUCUGAGGCAGACACUGAUUUGCUGCCGAGUCUCUGUUUUUUCUUUUCUGUCUGUUUUUCUGAAUGUUGAUAUGAAACCAAAGCAACUGGUUCUAAGCUCAGGCAGGACGUGACGGAGGGAGGUGUGUUGUCACAACGCUCAGGUUAACACUCAGGGAGUCAGAGGUGUGACGGUCCCGAGCGGCUCGGCUGCUGAGACGAUCGCUGAUCACUUCUCUGAUGUGCAGCACAGUGCUGACACACAUCGUGGGCUUUAUACACACACACACACACACACACACACCCACACACACAUUUCGCAGUUACUCAUUAACAAUAUGUUGCAAAAAUGCAUGUUUAAAAAGAAGCAUGUUAAACUCCCGUAUUAAGAUCUCCUUUAAAACCACGUCUCACACUGACCGUCACGUAUGUCUGAUCCACGAAGCCUCCACAGGACAUCCGUGACCUCACAUCAACAAAUCGUAGUGAAGUAUGUCCAAGACUUUAUCAUGGUUUCUGAUGUAGUGGCCUCCAUGUGAACAGCAAAAAGAGAAAGAACCCCUCCGACCACAGCCUCUGCUCCAAUGAUGGAGUUCAGGAGCUCUGUUUCAUAAGGGGCGGAGCUUAGGUUCAUCUUUAGAAAAUGUCAAUCCUAAAGUGAAGAAAUGAACCAGGCAGUGUUCACAAGGCAAUGGAUUGUGGGUACUUGUUGUAGGUGGGCGUUGUGGGCGGAGCUAACUAAAGAAUUUUAGUGUAUACUAAACGUACAAUCGUGCGGCAGGUUAGAGAACGUUCCCAUAAUCGUAUAUGCUUAUAUAAAAUGAAAUGUUUUUUAUAUAGUGUGUUGUUACAGUGUGUGUUUGUUAUGCCAUACCUCCACAGGAAGUCCAUGAGAAAACAGGAAAUCGUGUCAAAACUGAGUUUUAAAGUUCACUAUUUAAUUAAUAAAACACUAUUUUGGCGGUGUGGUAGCCUAAUGGUUAAAGAUCACCAAUCGGAUCUCAGUUCGAAUCUCAGGUCCAUCAGGUUGCCACUGCUGGGACCCUGAGCAAGGCCCUAAACCCUCCAUUGCUUAGUUGUAUAAAAAAUGAGAUAAAAAUGUUAGUUGCUCAGGAUAAUCUGCCAAAUGCUGGAAAUGGAAAUGUAAUUUUUAUAAUGCUGUAAUGGGAAAAUAUUCAGCUUUACCACCUUGAAGUUCAAUAUUUUCUGGUCAGCUUGUCAUGUCACUGAGAAACCCCUCUGUCAUGAAGAUGUCAUAAAACUCUGAGACACUGGAGAGACUCCCUCCAUAAAUGUUAAAGAAACAUCUCUUUACUUUAAGAGAACUUCACUACAUCAGCGAGUGCACGGAGAAAUACAAAAAUUACAAUUUAUAUUUUACAUUUUUAAAUUUGUCCCUAAAGAACACAGCCAGAAAACCCCCCUAAGACACCAUUAGGGAGAAACGGCACACAUGUCCCUGUGCAUCAGAAACAAUCGUGUGCCUUGAUUCCUCCAUAUGUUCCUUAACACCUCGCUAAAACACUGUGAAGUCCUGAGAUGUGUGUUCCUGUCCUUGUGAACACAGCCUUUGUGAGGAUACAUGAAGAUGGAUGUAAUGGUGCUUAGGGGAAAAUCUUUGAGCAGCAUAAUGGAGCAGAUGAAAGAAUAACAAGGCUUUGGGAUCUGAUGAAGCACCACUCUGGCUCAGAUGAAGCGAGUAUCGAUCAGCGUGGUGACAUUCGGUCCGACUCACUCAGGCGUUUCGCUGAGAAUAGCGUUGCAGAUAAAGAAAAAGAAUGAUCUGGGGAUGCUGUGACACUAAUACGGGUAAAAAUGCUGCCGUACAGAGCUCCAUAAAGACAGCACUCUGGAUGUAGAUCAGGACAAAGGAGUGCAGUCAGAGCAGAUCAGCUGCACAACACACUGCACUCCUACACAAGUGAUGAAAGAUUUACCGAGGAGCUCGACAACAAAACGUCUACGCUAAAAACACCUUCCACCUUCCUCUAUAUUCCUAAUCUGAGAAAAGGGAAUUCUGACGCAACUAAAACAUACUUCUGUCAGGAACACUUUGUCAAAUGAGAAUUUAUUAGAUGAUAGCAUACAGUUAGUGUUGGCGGUAUGGUUCUGUUCUGGGCAGGAAUCCACGCGCCCGUCCGUGCGCAUACAUGGACCGAGCGGGGAGAGCAGCAACUAGAAAAUAGAAUAGACCACCCGUAUAACAGAACCAUUAAUCAUGCAUAGAGUUGUUUUUUUUUUUUUUUUAAUAAACGAAUAAAUGGAUAGAUAAAUAAUUAAAUAAUUAGAGAGAGAGAGAGAGAGAGAAAUAUGUGGAGAUUUAAGACGUGACUGGUACAAUGAACACAGGUUCCGGCAUGGUGGAGUCGGGGUUGGAGGAGGGAGUUUAAGUCGCAGCAGCAACGACGUGCUAGAAGCGGCUCAAUGAAUGGGAAUUUAAAUGGUCGGGUAAUAGGAAGUGGCCUGCCAGAACUAACGCGAUGCUUGAUGUCUGUAAAACGAAGCUGUUUAAACACAAACGCAGCUACAGUGCAGUCAAAUGAAUCGUGUCACAUCUCUGAUCCAAUCACAGUGAGACAAAAUACGCAUAUUCAUAUUCAGGCUCAGGCUUAAUAAAAAAUAAAAUACAACAUGACUAGACUUCACUAGGAGAUCAAAUCUCACUUAAACGCAUUCCUGCUAAAAAGAAGCUCAGGCCCAUGAAGACGUUUUUUCCUGAUUUUAUCCUGACAUGCUUGCAUUACAUCACGACCCGGAUUUUUGCAUAUAGACAUAUCUGAGCUGAGGCCUUAGAUCUCACGCUGCGUUGCUUCACUGGAUCUUCGCACCUUCUCUGUUCCUUCGCACCUUCAGGUGUUCACGUCACAAUAACCAGCGUUUUAAAGGUCUUUAGAUGUUCGUCAGUUCUGCAGUUUGAACACAAUUCUUAAAAAUCCACGCAGUUCCUGAUUGAGCCUCAAACCAUUACUGUUACUGUUGUGAGAAACAUUAGAAAUGAAAUUGAUUUUAUAGAGUAGAUUACUGUAUGUUGCAUUCUUGCAGCAGUAACGAACCAAACGAGAGCCUUUUAAGUGUUACUUAAUGUUUUGUCUUCUCGAGUGUGUGUGUGUGUGUGUGUGUUUGUUUAUGGGAUUGUACUGCUUCUGUAAUAUUUUUCCAUGUUGACUGUCAUUAACACACCUCACAGAUUUUUUUCUUUGUAUAUUUGUGCAAAAUGAACUAGAGAGUGUGUGUCUGUGUGUGUGUGUGUGUGUGUGUGUGUGUCUGUGUGUUGUUCUGUUUUUAAUGGAAAGAGGAUAUACUGAUUACUUGAACAUGGGACCAUGAUUCUGUAUGUUACUAACGUGACGUCUCCGGUGUGAACUGUUCCGCCGCUCGUCUGCGGACACAGUAGAAGUAUUUCUAUAUUUAUAUGAAUAUUUAACCUGCUUUCCUCAGAGUUCUUACUCAAGUAUGUGAUGGAUGCUUUGUCUAGCAGUAUUGCUUUCUCUCUGGCUGUUCACUUACAUUUGCUCUCUCUUUGUUUUGUAUUCUUUUAUUUGAAUAAACGUGUGUAAACUCA